GUGCUGUUCCUCUGCUUCAUCCUUAAGACCAGAGCUGUGAGUCUCAGUCUCUUUUUCUUCUUCUGUUGUUUGUAAAACAUGUUUUCUUCUCUUUUGUUCACCUGAGUGAAGGAAGACAUAGGCAUACCUUGUUGCUAUUGCUGUUUUUGUUGUAAUUGUAAUUGUAAUUGUUAUUGUUAUUGGUGGUGAUAGAUUAGAAUUUAGAUGGAGCCUUCACUCCUACUUUCUUCACCUUCAUCAUCCACCCCUUUACCUUUCUUCAUCUCAAACACACUUCUUUGCCAUCCAAAACCCAAACUUUCUACCAAACUCAAUUGCACCCUACAAAAGUCCCAAGUUUGGGGCACAAAUUUGAGUUGGGUCCCAUCACAAUCACAUCAUGGAAGACCUAAAUUGGAUGCAGUGAGGCCCAUAAUAACAGCAGCGGUGAAGAGAAGGAAAGAGAUUCCCUUCGACAACGUCAUCCAGAGGGACAAGAAGCUCAAAUUUGUGGUCAAGGUAAGGAACAUUCUAGUGACUCAACCAGAUAGGGUUAUGUCACUUAAGACCCUUGGUAAGUUCAAAAGAGAUUUGGGUCUUGAUAAAAAGAGGAGACUUAUUGCCGUGUUGAAGAAAUUCCCAGCAGUGUUUCAGAUUAUGGAAGAAGGGGUUUACUCCCUCAAAUUCAAAAUGACCCCUGAAGCCGAAAGGCUCUAUUUUGAGGAAAUGAGGGUUAGGAAUGAGAUGGAAGAGUUGGUGGUUGUGAAGCUUAGGAAGUUGUUGAUGAUGUCACUCGAAAAACGGAUUUUGUUGGAGAAAAUUGCACAUCUCAAGACCGAUUUCGGUCUCCCACCAGAGUUUCGAGACACCGUUUGUCAUAGGUAUCCUCAGUACUUCAAAGUGGUUGCAACUCAGCGUGGUCCUACUUUGGAGUUAACUCAUUGGGACCCUGAGCUUGCAGUUUCGGCGGCUGAGCUAGCGGCAGAGGAGAAUCGCAUUAGGGAAGUGGAGGAGCAGAAUUUGAUCAUAGACAGGCCUCCCAAGUUCAAUAGGGUGAAGCUUCCCAAGGGUCUUAAUCUUUCCAAGGGGGAGAUGAGGAAGAUUAUGCAGUUCAGAGACUUGCCUUAUAUUUCGCCUUACUCGGAUUUCUCAGGACUUAGGCCUGGGUCUAGGGAGAAGGAGAAGCAUGCUUGUGGAGUUGUUCAUGAGAUUCUGAGCCUCACACUUGAGAAGCGAACGCUGGUUGAUCACCUUACGCAUUUUCGAGAGGAGUUCAGAUUCUCUCAGCAGCUGAGGGGGAUGCUGAUAAGGCAUCCUGAUAUGUUUUAUGUCUCUCUUAAAGGAGAUAGGGAUUCUGUGUUUCUGAGGGAAGGCUACCAAGAUUCUCAGUUGGUGGAGAAGGACCGGUUGUUGCUUAUAAAGGAAAAGCUUCGUACUCUGGUUAAUGUUCCACGGUUUCCCAAGGGACCUGCUCGCAGGAUAGUUGAAGAUAGCAUGAGAGGAAGUGAUAGCAGAGAAGAUGAAAGUGGUGAAGAGGAAGAAGAAUGGUUAGAAGAUGUUGAUAAUUUAAUGAAUGAUGAUGGGUUUGAUGACAUUGAUGAUGGUGAUGACUGGAGUGAUGAAGAAGAUGAUGAUUUGCCGCCAGAUUUUGAUGAGGAUGCUGAACUUUUGGAGUUGGGGCAAGGAAAGACUAUUAAACAAGACUCGAGACAGAAUGAUGAAAUGGUCCUUCUUCCUGUACUCCCUGAUGGUCGUCCAAGAGAACAAUGGUGAUCUUCACAAAAGAAAGCAUCUGGCUUCAUAUUUGAUUUUGUACUGGCUGAUUUGUGGUAGGUGCUUUACACAAUGCUUGUUAAAUUCAACUUCUUUAUUUAGACUUGUUUGAUCCUCUUUUGAAGGUUGUGAUAAUAUUUGUAUAGAAGGUUGAAUUUUAAUUGCAAGCUCUGCAGAUUAACAAAUUAUUUUAUAGUAACUGAAAUACAUUUCUUGGCCUUAGUUAAGAA